GUCGCCACCACCUGAGCGCCGUCGCCCCGGCCCCGCCCCCCGAGAGCCGAGAGCUGUCGGCAGACAAGGUGUGUCAGCGCCCGUCUCCUUACCGGCUUGUUUACUACCAUGCCGCUGUACGAGGGCCUGGGGAGCGGCGGAGAGAAAACGGCGGUCGUGAUAGACCUGGGAGAGGCUUUUACCAAAUGUGGAUUUGCUGGAGAAACUGGUCCAAGAUGCAUAAUUCCUAGUGUGAUAAAAAAAGCUGGCAUGCCUAAGCCUAUCAAAGUUGUACAAUAUAAUAUCAAUACAGAAGAAUUAUAUUCCUACCUAAAGGAAUUCGUCCACAUACUGUAUUUCAGGCAUCUAUUGGUGAAUCCCAGAGACCGCAGAGUUGUGGUUAUUGAGUCGGUAUUAUGUCCUUCCCACUUCAGAGAGACACUCACUCGUGUUCUUUUCAAGUAUUUUGAGGUUCCAUCUGUCUUGCUUGCUCCAAGUCAUCUAAUGGCUCUUCUUACACUUGGGAUAAACUCUGCCAUGGUCCUGGAUUGUGGAUAUAGGGAAAGCCUGGUGUUACCUAUAUAUGAAGGAAUCCCAGUACUAAAUUGUUGGGGAGCACUACCCCUAGGAGGAAAAGCUCUUCACAAGGAGUUGGAAACUCAGCUAUUGGAACAAUGUACUGUUGACACAGGUGCUGCUAAAGAACAGAGCCUUCCCUCUGUGAUGGGUUCAAUUCCAGAAGGUAUCUUGGAGGACAUUAAAGUGCGCACUUGCUUUGUUAGUGAUCUGAAGCGUGGACUAAAAAUCCAAGCAGCAAAAUUUAAUAUUGAUGGGAAUACUGAGCGUCCCUCACCACCCCCAAAUGUUGACUACCCAUUAGAUGGAGAGAAGAUUUUACAUGUCCUUGGAUCAAUCAGAGAUUCGGUUGUGGAAAUCCUUUUUGAGCAAGAUAAUGAAGAGAAAUCAGUUGCCACUUUAAUAUUGGAUUCCCUUAUGCAGUGCCCAAUAGACACUAGGAAGCAACUAGCAGAGAAUUUGGUAGUCAUAGGUGGCACGUCUAUGUUGCCAGGAUUCCUCCACAGACUACUUGCAGAAAUAAGGUAUUUGGUAGAAAAACCAAAAUAUAAAAAAACACUUGGCACCAAGACAUUCCGAAUUCAUACUCCACCUGCAAAGGCUAAUUGUGUAGCCUGGUUGGGAGGAGCUAUUUUUGGAGCACUGCAAGACAUACUUGGGAGCCGUUCAGUCUCAAAGGAAUAUUAUAACCAGACAGGCCGUAUACCUGAUUGGUGUUCUCUUAAUAACCCACCUUUGGAAAUGAUGUUUGAUGUCGGGAAGGCUCAACCACCUCUGAUGAAGAGAGCAUUUUCCACUGAGAAAUGAAAGUUUGAUUAAAAUUCAACUUUGCUUCUUUUCAAAUAUCUCAUCAAUUACAAGCAAACUGUACAAAGUAUAUAGGAUGGUGUUAGAGACGACUUUAGUAGAAGUGCGUUUCUGUAAUUUUACUUCACAUUAGUAUUUAAUCAUUUUGCCUUUGGUGUAAUGGUAGAAUGGUAGCUGAUGCUUAUUGAAAUUAGUUGUAUUUAUAUCAAUAAAAUAUAGUAAAGCAGUUAAUUUUGGAA